AUGAACUUAGUGAAUAGUCAAAAAUUUGUGACAGGCUUUACAAGAAGAGUAAAUCUAUUUUUCGGCACAUUUAGGGGAAGGAAACGAAAAGAAAGGUAUGAUGAUUUGGAAAAUAAACAUUUAUAUUGGUGCAUUAAUAACUUAAAAAAAGAAUAUUUAAAUGAACGAAAUGAAAAUUUUGUUCAAACAAUUGAAAAUGAUAAACUCGAUGAGGGGAUAUCAGACAUCGUUGGAAUAAGUAGUAUUCCAGAUAACAGUAUAAUAAAUGAAAGAACAGAAAAAUAUUUUUUAAAAGAAGAGGGUAUAAAAAAUAUAGAGAAAGAUAAAUUAGAAGAGAUAAAGAAACUUUUUAACCCAUCCUUAAAUAUGUUUAUAGACAAGGAGAAAAAUAGUUCUCACAUCGCUGACAGCCAUCUUUUGAAAAAAGUGGAAGAACAAAAAAUAAAAUAUAGUAACAGUUCAGACGAAUUGGUUGAAAAACAAAACAAGGGGAUAUCACAUGAGGGGGUAAUAAAUGGGGACAUUGGAAAAUCAUCAAAAAAUUCUUUUAUCAGCAAGAAAGCGGAAAGGAUGAGAAGAAAUGUGUACAGUGUGAAAAGUGUAAAUAGUGUGUAUAAUGUGUAUAGUAAGGACAGUGUGAACAAUACGCAUAAUAGCCAAAAUAAUGAGUAUUCGGAAAAAACAGAAAGUAGCAAUAGGCUGACAAAAAAUAGUUUUGACCGUUUUAUGCAUAACAAACGGGAAGACUCAAAUAGGGGGAAUAGCGACAACUCAGUAAGUCAAGAGAGUAACAAAUUGGAUAAUGAGCAAAACACGAAACAUUUAGAAAACUUGAAGGAUUAUAACUUUGCUGAUGCUAAUAAAAGUAUAGAUAAAUCCAUUUUUGAUUAUGAAAGCUUAAAGGGAAAGAGUACGUACCAAGAUUUAACACAUGAGGAAUAUGAUUAUAUGAAUAAUUUAUAUCUUAAAAAGUGUGAUAUAGAUAGAAAAAUAAGAUGGUUUAAAAUGAGUAAUAUCCUUAACCCUGUUAAGGAAGCAAAGAGUAUUAUAAAAUCACUAAAAUUAAGUAAAAAUGAUGAAAAAAUAAAAGAGGCAGAAGAAGAACAAAACGAAUUUCUCGUAAAAGAAGACAUCAAACCGCAUUAUGAAAAUGAAGGAAAUUUCGCUCAUAAAAUAGAAAGGAUAUGUGAACAAAAUCAAUAUGAUGAAAUAGUUUCAAGAAUAAGAAUGAAAAUAAGAAAGGAAAAAUUAGAAAAUUCUAAAAUAAUUAAAGAAAAAGUACCUAAUGUAGCUAGACAUAUAUUAGACCCUAUAAAAUAUCAUGUAAAUAGAAGAAAAGUAAGAACAGAAAAACUUUUACAUACACAUUUAGAGCAGUUAUUAAAUUGCAAUAACUCUUAUUUUAGAUCAUAUUUAUUAAACGGUUUGUCUAUUUCUAUUCAUCACCUUGAAAUGAAAUCAAAUAGAUCUAUAUGUAAAAUUGUUUAUUCAUUAUUAAAUAAAAAUGUCACACAUAAAAGUAUACAAGACAAAUUAGAAAAAGUAGCUUUUAUUUUAAGAAAAUUAUUAGCUAGAAAACUUCAAUUAGGUUAUACACCUCCUUUGAAGUUUAUACCGUUAAAAGAUCAACAAGAAAAAAAUAUUAAAAAUUUACAAUACUACAAAUUAUAUGCAAAAUAUAAUUACCCUACUCAUAGUACAAGUAGGGGGGAGCAAUGUACAAAGCUAAUGCAUUUCUAUAAUAAAGAUCUCGCUGGGUUUUAG